AAAUAGUAGCACUAGCCCGCCGGUUGUUUAUUUUCCAAUUUCUUUGAAUUUAAGGAGGUAACUCAACGAUUUUCUUCUAUUAUAGUCUCAUUUAUAAUAUAUACUUCUACCAUAAAUAGUAUAAAUUUCCUCUCGGUUGUAAAUGUGCAGUAGUCAUUCCGUUAAACACAAAACAUAACCUACUAAGCUUAGCCAUGGCGGAUGAAGAUUUUAGCAAAUUACUACAACAAGCCGAACAAUUAACUACUGAAAUUGAAGGCAAUGAAGAAUUGCCCAGAGUGGAGCGUUCGCUUGGUCAGGUCCUCGAAGCUUCUCAAGAACUUUAUUCAAGAUUUAUACAGUCUGGCGCCAACGACAUUCAAGCGCAUCUUUUAUUUGGCUCCAAAGGAAUAGAUUUACAACAAAUAUCGCAAAAACUAGAAACCUUAAGUUCUAAACGCACCUUUGAACCUUUACAACCAAUUGCAGACUCUGAUAUUGAAAGUUUUCUCAGAAAUGAGAGGGAAAAUGCUAUACUGUCACUAAUUGAUGAAGUUAAUAAAAAUUCUCUUCAAACUGCUGAAGAUCAGAAAUGGGAGCAUAUGAUGUCAGAGUGGAACAGAGAAAAAAUUAAACUUAUGAAUGCCAUGAUAGGGCCAUCCCAGAACUGGUUGGACUUGAAACGAAUUCCUGAACCACCAAGCAUUGCUAACACUCCAAAGAAGUUUGGCCAUUCUAUGCUGGACAGUAUUGAAGUUGCAUAUGCACGACAAGUGCAUCAAUACAAUAAACUUGUGUUCCAAGGGUCCAAAUCUAGGACAGCACUGCAUCAGAAGUUUGCACAAGUGGCAGAAGAAUUUAAUGAUCCAAAAGUAAAGGAAAUGUGGGAAGUUAUAAAGACUAUGGCUAACAUACCUGCUUUGGUCAGAGAUGAAGAUCCUCUUAAAGCUAGGGGUAAUCCUACAAUACAACAAUGUCUUAUUGCACAAGGAAAAAAAUAUUUGGAGAAAAGAUACAAGCAGUACAUGAGCGAUGUAGUCCGCGCCAAUCCUGCAGCAGCGAUGCGCGGCGGCGAGCCCGGCACUUAUCCUUUGGUGCGCGGCUUCGUAGGACUCCGGUUGCAAGGGCCGGGCGUCCAAGGGCUCACAGAUGGCGUCAUCGACGAACGUCCACUCUGGCCAAUGGUCUAUUAUUGUUUACGCAGCGGAGACGCUAAUGCGGCGAUGCACUGCUUGAGGAAAGCUGGACGAGACCAUGAGGAGUUUGUUGCGGCAUUGGAGGAACACAUCAGAAAUCCUGAGAAUCCCCUUAGUGAUAAAUUACAAACUGCAAUAAACUUUCAAUAUAGAAUUCAAGUGCGCAAUUCUACAGACCCAUACAAGAGAGCAGUGUACUGCGUUAUAGGGCAUUGUGACGUAAGCGACGAACAUACGGAGGUGGCGAGAACCGCCGAUGACUAUUUAUGGCUUAAGCUAUCGCUCAUCAAGUCGCGAACCAACAACGAAGGAGAGUUCUUCUCGUAUUCGGACCUGCAAAAACUUAUUUUGGAGGAGUAUGGUGAGACCCACUACCAUGCAUACGAAAAGCCUCUGGUGUACUUUCAAGUGCUGACCUUGACUGGGCAAUUCGAACCAGCCAUCGAAUUCCUCUCCAGAAUACCAAGAUACCAAGUACAUGGUGUUCACAUGGCAUUGGCAUUACAUGACGUCUAUAUGUUAGGAACACCACGCAAUGUACAAGCACCUUUAUUAUCGGUGGAUACCGAUGACCCCACUCCGCUUCGUCGGCUCAACUUGGCACGUCUACUUCUUCUCUAUGUCAGGAAAUUUGAACUAACAGAUCCUUCAGAUGCUCUGCAUUAUUACUUCUUCUUGAGGAGCCUGAAAGACCCGAGCGGCAAGAACCUGUUCAUGUGUUGUUGCACGGACUUGGCUUUGGAAAGCCGCGACUACGAGCUAUUGUUCGGCCGCGUGGACGCCCUCACUGGUCUACAUAGCCCUGGUUUGCUCGACCAGUUCAACAACCCGCAUAUAGACAGCAAGGUUAUAGCAUUGUAUGUUGCUGAACAAUUAGUGAACAAGGGUUUGUUUGAGGACGCCAUUACGAUGUAUGACAUUGCUGGGAAUCUUGAGAAAGUGCUGGAGUUGUUCUGCGUGCUUCUCACUCAAGUGGUCAGCAGCGGUGGGGGCGGUAGUGGGGGCACUGGAUCGGGACUUCGUCAACGAUUGUCUCUACUGGCGGAACACGUGUCUCAGAGACUGCGGGCCGAUACUAGUUCCUUACCCGCCGCGUUAAUGGAGGCCUACACCAAGCUGUGCAAGCUGAUGACCUUCUUCGACAGAUACCACGCGGAGAAUUACGACGGCGCCUUGGAGGCAUUGCGCGAGUGCGAAUUGGUGCCGCUGAGCGCGAGCGAGCUAGAAGCACGCGUGGCGGGCGCGCGGCAGAUGCGCGGCGAGUUGUUGCGCAGCAUUCCGCCCGUGCUGCGCGCGCUGUGUGCCAUCCUGCUCGCACAGCGCGCGCGCCUGCACCAACACAACAACAAGCAAGUCGAAUGGCUUCGAGAGCAAGCAGAAGUCCUCAACACUUUUGCUGGCAACAUCGCAUACAGAAUGCCUGGUGAUACCUACAGCCAAUUGGCGCAGAUGCAAAUACUAAUGCAUUAACUAAUUAAGGAA